AUGCCCACGUCUCCAUGCCCAGCUUGUCCAGCAGACAAAGGAAGCAAACAGAACAUCUCAAACCAAAAAGAAGAAGAAAAGGGAGGAAAAAAGAGGAAGAGAAGGGAAGAAAGAGGAAAACCCACAGUAGAAGAUGAUGAAGCUCAACUGGUGGAGGAUGCUAAUCCUACAAAGAAAUUGGAGUCCAACUCUGUGGACUUGGUGUCUGGUAAAGAAAGCACUGUGAAUAGUUUGUCUGAAGAGCUCUUUGCAUUUGAGUCCCAGAUGAAGUUCUUCGAGAUCCCUGAUCUUGAAGGGAAUUGGGAUGCUUCAGUGGACACUUUCCUCUAUGACAGCACAACUCAGGAUGGUGGGAAUCCGGUGGAUCUUUGGAUGUUUGGUGACUUUCCUCCCGUGUUGGGGGAGUUUUCUGAGCAUCCUUUACACUUGAUUUUUCUACCGCCCAAGACCUGUGCCAGUCGUUUUUUGCGGACAAUUUUUGGACACCUGUUGAUGGGUGCUCCUAAGCAGAAGUGGACAUCAGAAGAAGAAGCUGCUCUUAAGGCUGGAAUAGCUAAGUAUGGGGCAGGCAAAUGGAGCACAAUACUAAAAGACCCACAGUUCAGCACUAUUUUGCGUUCGCGUUCUAAUGUAGACCUUAAGGAUAAAUGGAGAAAUAUGAAUGUGAUGGCCAGUGGAUGGGGGUCUCGCCAAAGGGCUAGGCUUGCAAUUAAAAGCAAUCAGGUGACUCCCAAGCAUGAUGAGAACUCCACAACUCAUAGCCCGCCAGUAGAAGAAAUUGUUCAUGCUAGGCCUGUUGAAAUAUCUGGAGGACCAUUGGAAAAUGGUUCUGAUGCUGCACCUGUUGCAAGCUCUCAUGAAGCAAUGCAAAAUGUUGUUUAUGAUGUUAAACCUCUUGCAACAUCUCAGGGACCACUGCAACGUGUUGGUUCUAAGAAGCCAAUUUCAAGGUUGGAUAAUCUUAUAUUGGAGGCUAUAACCAAUUUGAAGGAACCUCAUGGUUCUAAUCGGACUGCAAUUGCCAUGUACAUAGAGGAGCAAUACAUGGCACCCCUGAAUUUUGAAAGGCUGUUGGCGACAAACUUAAAACUUCUGACAGAAAAUCGAAAGCUUAUUAAG